UAUCUUAUUAUUGCUAGUAGAUUCGUCUUCAAUAUUUGUAUGCAUUUAUUAAUUUCGGUUUAAGCUGACGCAAAUGUUUAAUGCAAUAAAUGCAUAAUUUUGAGAAUAAAAAAGUUACCAAUAAUUAUUUUCCUUCUUAAAAAUACAAUGUGUCCUUGAAUGCAAUUGUAAAAUAUUUUUUGGAAUUAAACUUGACAUUUAGUGGCGAAAUUGUAAGUGUAAAGUUGUGUGCGUCUUGUUGUUUUUCCCGGAAUUAGUUUUCAUCGUUUGAGGACUAAUUUUAAUUCGUAUACAAUUUUAAUAUAGUAGAUAAUAUUAAUUAAACUCUUUUGAGUUUAAUUUUAUUAAGAUACAUGCUUUAAUAUUAGAAUCUAAAAAAAUAAAUGUAAUAUGAAAUAACAAAGGAAAAAACCUGUGUCACGAGUUGCUAUCGCAAAGUUCCCAGAAUUAUAAUUCCUAGAAUUUCAUUAUUUUAAAAGAGGAAUACAUAGCAGAUACGUUGUUAUGUACAUUAUGUGCAUAUAUCUUUUCGACUAUAAAUUAAAUCUGCAUUUGUAUCACUCGAAGUAUUUUUCUUUUCCAAUUUAUGGAUUUCGUUUUGCGCAGUGAAGACCUUCAGUUUAUAUUUUAACUGUACCUACCUUGAAUAAUUUAUUUAAUUUUUCUGCAUACGGUUUAAUACAUUUUUUAUCAUAUUGAAUGUGUUGUUUAUAAACUUUCGGAAAACUCGAUGUGCUGUUGCUUGUUUUUGAAACCAAGAUGAUGGAGACCGUCGAAUUAAAUUUAAAGCGAAUAAGUUUCGUUAAUUGUUGUUCAUUGAUUUGGUUAGGACUAAUUUUAAUAAUAAACAUGGGAUUCACGGAAGUAUCGACACACAGCAUAAUUGGCGAAGUGAAACCAGCUGAAGUUCAGAUCCAAAUCGGAGCCGAUGCCAAUAUAACAUGCCGAAUGAAUAUAAGUUACUUUAAUGAGAAUAACAGCUCCUGUCUGUCAUUCUACCGAGAGCACAGCCACAUACCGGUUCCAAAAGAAGAGAUGCAUGUUGUAAAUGAAUCUUCUAUCAUUAUGAUUCUUCGAAACACUACACAGGAGCAAUCAGAUAACUACAUUUGCAAAUGCUUUGACAAAAAAGUGUCUAGUACUAAUGUUGUUGUUGGUACAAAAAUUACUGAUUUUCAAUGCCGUGGUUAUGACUAUGAAUAUAUGAUAUGUAAAUUUACCAUUCCUGAGAGCAAAAUUGAAACCGAUUACCAUUUAACAUUCGGUUAUCCAAUAUGGUCAGAUGCAAUAGAAACGGAUAUAUGUACAACUCAAAAACUUGACAAUGGAUUAUUUGAGCGAGUUUGUAAUAUAACUGGGAAUUUGUAUAGACAAGUUAGUCCCUAUUAUGAAUUUACUGUAACUGCCAACAAUUUACGUGGCAGUUUUACACAGGCUUUAAGGAUAUAUCAUCAUGAGUCUAUUAUACCAGCAAAGCCUCUUGUUACAAUCGGAAAUUUGACAUCAAACAGCGUUACUUUGUAUUGGAAUGUACUCAAAUUUAGCCAAUUUUCCCAAACAAAUGGUCUACAAUACGAAAUAAAGUUACAUCCUGAAAAUUUUGACUGGUACAAAGUAAACAAAAAUAGUGAAAUACAGACAAACCGAGGACACUAUGAGGCUAAGAUAUAUAAUUUACAAUACCCCUAUCGUAGAUAUAAUUUUAGUGUCAAGGCGAGAGUUGCAAAUAUAAGUACAGAUACAAUGUGGAGUGAACCUUUUCAAGGAACUUUCUUUACACAAAGCAGACGACCAGAUCGGCCACCCAAUGUAGGUUUUGGCAGUUUCUUUUUUGAUUCUACGAACAAAAAUAUUCGUUUAUAUUGGGAAACCUUGGCAGAAUAUGAACGUAAUGGACCAGACUUUAAGUAUAAUUUUACUGUAGUGCGUUGCGAUGGAAAAUUGAUAAAGCAUUUGCCUGUACACAUGGAUGAAUUCUCAGCUCUUUUUACCUAUGAAAAUACAUCAAUUUGCACUUUUAAAUUAAACAGUCAAAAUAUAAAUGGAAGUUCUUUAAAUUCUAGUGUCUAUGAAGUUCAUUUACCUGAAAAAUUGUCAAAACAAGAAAUUAUUAAAAUGUAUAAUCAACGAAAUAAUUCAUACAAAAUUGUGUGGAAAGAGUCUGAAGAUUUUGAAAGCUUGAAUAAUUUUACUCUAUUCACUUGUGAAGCCAAAACUGAAUUGGAAACGGAUUGUAUGGGAAGUGUUUAUUAUAAAACAUUAAAUAAAAACACAUUAAAUUUUACAAUAUUUGCAAAGCCAAACAAAAAGCUAAAUAUUGCCCUGUCGAAAAACUAUAAAAAUUAUAGCACUGGAAUGUUAUGGGCAACAUGCGUUACAGAUAAUGAACCAAAAACAAAAAAUAUAAUUCUUGACAAUCCAACAAUUUUGGAGUCUUCAAUUUAUUUCAAAUGGAUUACAGAAUGUUGGUACAGUGUUGUUUUCAAAGACUACCAAUACAACUUGACAUACUGUAUGGUUAGCAGCAAAGAUAAAAAUGAAUGCGUUUCCAAAAGCGAAACUAAGCUUAUACCAAUAAUAAAGAACAGUUUCUUAAUUGAAGAUUUGAAGCCUUCUUCUAUUUACAAAAUAUGGAUUCGUAUGUUUUGUGAUGGCAGUAAGGGUCCAUUGAGUGAAGACUUUAUUGAAACUUUGCCUGACACUAAAAAUACUAAAUGUGUUAUCAUCAUUGCAUUGUCGAUUUUUCUCUCAAUAUUCACAAUAUGUGCAUCCAUAAAGAUGUACUUAAAUAUGAAAAAUAUAAAACUUAUAUUUCCUGACGGCCUCUUUGAAAUAAAUAAACCACAAAAUAAUAAUUUUAACAUUAUGAAACAAAAGUAUCCGAAUGGCAACAGAAUACAUUUUUCAUCAAAUGCAGCAGAAACUUUUUUGAAAAAGACAGCGUCUAAAAAGGAAACAACUUCCGUCCAAAUGGUAUCAAGUAAUGUCUCCAUUAAACAAUUGUGGAACAAUAAAAGUUGUCUGGAAGCACAUGGUAAAAAUCUUAAUGAAAACUUUUCUUCAGUGACUGAAAAUACUGCAAAAUUAACAACAAAUUCUGUUUUAAAAAAUAAAAUAAUGUUGGAUAUAAAAGAAAGUUUAAAGGUCCUUUGGUUCUUCGUAACAACGAUGUGUUUGAUAACCUCACCUGUCUCUGCAAAUGAUUAUGUUGGAGAAGUUAUACCACAUGAUGUAGAGCUCCCGAUCGGGGGUAGUGUGAAUAUUACAUGCCGAAUGAACAGAAGCUAUUUUAAUGAUCACAACAGUUCUUGCCUAGCAUUUUUCAGAGAUGAUGGAAAUCUAAAGGUUCCAAAGGAGCAUAUUCAUGUGGUAGAUGAUUCUUCGAUCAUAUUUAUGAUUCGUAACGCAACUGAACAAAGAGCUCAAUAUUCCUGUAAAUGUCAUGACAAAGGAGUGUACAUAACUAAUAUUUUUGUUGGUACACCGCCUACCAACGUUUCAGACUUUCAGUGUCUUGGUUAUGACUUUUCAUUUAUGACGUGUAACUUUACUGUUCCACAGAAUAAAAUUUACACGGACUACAAAUUAAAAUUUUCAUCAAGUUCUCCCUACCGAGUAUGUAAGCGGCUAAAUGACAGAAGGUUAUGCCAAAAUAAAUAUUUGCAGGACUACAUUUAUACAUGCAAUCUUGAAAAUGGGCUUCAACCAUCUGAAAGGAUUUGUAAUAUAACCAUGGACAACAAUAAUUACAGAAUUGUUUAUCAAUAUUACAACUUUGAACUAACUGCAAGCAACUCACUUGGUACUCUUACUCAGUCUAUAAUGAUUGACCAGUAUAACAGAAUUGUACCAGCAAGGCCCUUAGUCGAAGUUGGAAAUUUAACAACAAACUCUGUCACUUUGUAUUGGAUGGUAAACAAAUUCAGUCAGUAUACUCACACAGAUGGCUUGCAAUACGAGAUCCGCUUACGUCCUGAAAAGUUUGACUGGUUUUACAUAAACACCAACACAGUAUUACAGAAAAAUAAAGAGCACUAUAAAGCUGAAAUAAAUAAUUUACAAUAUCCUUAUCGUCGAUAUGAAUUUAUUGUUCGUGUGAAGACUGUUAGAGCAAACAAUAGUGACGAAACAAUGUGGAGUGAGCCAUUUGAAGGUGUUUUCUAUACAAAGCCAAGACGACCAGAACGCGCACCUGAUAUGGAUGUCGGCAGUUUUUAUAUUGAUCCUACUGAACAAAAUAUACGUAUAUAUUGGCAACAGUUAGCAGAGUAUGAAGAAAAUGGACCGGACUUUUUAUAUAACAUAACUGAAGUCCAACGUGAUGGAAAAUUGAUUAAUGUCCAACCCUUUCAAAGAGAUUCAACAUCAGCAACAUAUGAAUGGAAAAGAACAUCGUAUUACCAAUUUAAAUUACAAAGUCAGAACCAAGUAGGGAAGUCUUUGAAUACAAGUAUUUUAGAGGUUCAUCCAACUCCUAAAAGAUCUCAGCAAAUCGAACAAAUACAAGUGAUAACAAAAGUCUAUCAUAAUCAAACUUACACAAUUACGUGGAGACAACCAUCUGACAUGGACAGCUUGAAAAAUUUUACUCUAUUCUGGUGUAUUUCGAAAAUGGAAUCACAAAGUCAAUGCAAGGGUACAAUCAAUUUUAAACACUUUGACAAGCUUACUACUAACCACACAACAGAACCACAAAAUCAUACUCUUAAUUUUGCUGUUUCCGCAAAUUAUGAAACAUAUAGUACUGGUAUGAUGUGGGCUAUGUGUACCGCUGAUGGUGCAACAGAUUUAACUAAAAUGGACCCUGAAACAAGUCCAAUUUCAUCUAAUAGUAUUAAAAUUCAAUGGAGUACUGAAUGUUUGUAUAUGGCGAUUUUAGAGGGGUAUAAUUUAACUUAUUGUAAAGUUGAAAAUCAUGUUCCUGAAAUAAUUGGGGAUUGCAUUAAUACCGAAAAAACAAUAAGCAUAUCUAAGCUAGCCAAAGAAUAUAUAAUAACAGAUUUAGACCCAUUUACCACUUAUAAAAUAUCAAUUUUGAUGUAUUCGAAACUUAAAAUUGGGCCCAUGAGUAAUCCUGUUAUGGAAACUACCACAGAAGAUGCACCAAGCCCUCCGAGAAAGCUGAAGAAAUAUAAUGUAACUAGUGAUUCAGUUACUCUUUCGUGGCUCCCACCUAAGUACAGUAACGGAAAUCUUCGGUAUUAUACUGUUUGGUACAAAAACGAAGGUACUAUAGUCAACAGUACUUCUAACGAUAAUGGAAGUGAAAUAACUUUUCAACUUGGGGACCUAAGCAGUUAUUCGGACUACAAAGUUUAUGUUACUGCACAUACAGUUAAAAGUUCGGGACCAAGUAAUGACAUACACUUCAAAACAUUAAUCGGAAUACCUUCGCCCCCACUUUCAUUUAAUAUGAACCGAAAUGAUAAAGAGCUUGUUUUUCAUUGGUCGCCACCAAAAUUACCAUCAGGUCGUGUUGAAUUUUAUGAAGUUCGUGUUACAGUUCACAAGAAUAAUGAGAGUGAAACUCUAAAAAAAUCUCGUGUUGUCGGUCAUUAUUGCAAGAUGAACAUUCCAUGCUAUGAUCCUAACAACUCAUAUAUUUUUGAUGUGCGAGCUGUAAACCUUGCCGAAAAAAAUGAAGUUGAUUAUCAUACAUUUUCAAAGCGUGAUACAUCAUAUUUAAGUAUCCUACAUCAAGGUGGAGCGAAAAAACGGCGUCAUUCAAAUGCAGAAAUCAAUGCUUCUAUUGGGACCCUUUAUCAAAUCCAUGAAACCGACAAAAACAGUCGUCAUCGUCAUGAACGUGAAAACUUGAAUCUAAUUCAAACAACAGAACCACCGUUUAUAACAGAAGACGAAAGUGAUGAAGAUUUUAUUUGUAUUGGUGGGGAAAAAGAAACCCUUAAAAUUCUAAGGCAAUAUAAGGAUUCAAGUCAAUAUAAACUAUUCUAUUCACCGUGGCAAAAUGGUCCAAUUUUUUCAUGUAGUGAGACAAAAUUUAGUAAGCUGACAAUGCUUGCAUUGGUUGUAAUUGUCGUCACUAUGGCAUUAUUGGCUGCUGUAUACUAUGCUCGAAAAAAAUACAACAAAAUGAGCAACAUAAGCCUAGUGAUACCCGAAGGCCUAGACGACAACAUUAAUGUUUCAAAGGGUGUCGACAAUAAAAUUGAAAGAGAUGAAAUAAUACGUAGUGAUGAACUAUUUUAUGAAAAAGAAAAUCAUCGUUUGCUUUCAAAAGUUGGAAAUGAUUCUGGUUUCUUAAAUAGCGUGCAUUGUCUGGACAAAAGUAGUGCUUAUGUUUGUUCGGAUCUUCAAGACAGCGAAAAAAGUUCUCAAAGUACAGAUUCAGUAGAAUUGAAUGAUAUAACAAGCUGUUCAUACACCUCCUCACCUUCGCAUAGCCCUAAUGCGAAUAUAAGAGAAAUGUCCAUACCUGAAGAGAGAUCGAAUCCACCUAUACUACAACCUUCCGUCCAAUUGCGACCCUCCGAAAAUGGCUAUAUUAAGCCUAUAAUGAUGAGUAAUGGAUAUGUACAGCCGCAUGCUUUUCAAAAGUUACAACCAAAAGAAACCCCAUCUUUCAACGGCUACACAUCUCUGGAUGCAAUGGGCAAACCAGUAUUUCCUCAAGCAUCUAGUACAUCUUCUGCGCCAAUUGCAGCUGAGAGUAAUAGCUAUGAAGUUGCUGUGCCGAAAAAUGUGAACAACAAAGACAUUGCGAUACCACAUCCAGUUAGUGGGAAUAUUUGCGGAUAUGUAACACAUAAACAACUCUCUGAUUUUGGGCGUCUACAAUAAGUUAUUUUACUUCAACUAGGUAUUAGGUUUUUUUCUUGAAUAAGACUUAUAGGUUUAAGAAAACGUUAUAUGUUUUUUAUAUACUUCUUACUAAAAAUUUAUUUUGUACUUUGAUUUCGAAAUCAUAUUAGCUUUAUUGAAUUAAAUAAAUAUCACUCUUUUAUUUAAUACAUACAAAAUCAUUAUAAUAUGUACCUAUAUGGAUGUAUAUAACUUAAAAAAAUUAUAAAUGAUAAACAGAAAAUGUAAACUAAAGUCAUCAUUCCCGGAAUUCAAUCUAUCAAUUAUUCAUUUUUCUCCAAAAUGAAACAUUAAAAAAACGCCAUACUAAAUCAAACAUAAUAGUUUAAUUUCUAUAAAACUCCCUAUGUAUCAUUUAAUUCUAUUUCCAUAUUAGAACUUAAUUAAUUUUACCAAUUUAAAUCCUUAAAAAUCAAAACUUCCUUCAGUUACUCAAGAUUCUAAGUUUCAUAGAAUGAUGAUAAUAUAAUUUGUAUAAACUGAAAUUUAACUUAAAUUAUCUUUGUUACAAUUCUAGUAUACUUUACAUAACAUUUUAUAAAAAUCAUUUAAAUUAUAUUGCGUACCUAGAUAUACAUACAUACAUUACAAAUAUAUAAACAAAAGUUGUUAAAAAGUACCGGAAUUUAGAAAUACAUGAAAGAAAAAGACUAGCAUUAAUAAUUUUACAAAUACAUUCAACCAUAUCAUACAAAAUUCAAAUAACAGAAUUGAAAAAACAAAAAACUCGAUGCAAGAAAUUCAAUUCAAUUAAUUUUAUUCUAUUUAUAUUUUAAAGUCAGUUUUACAUUUCUGUUUUAAUCAUAUUUCUUGAGAUUAACAGUGCUGAUUUUUGUUUAAAUGCGUUUAUUUUGGCAAUAUAUUAUAGUUCCUUAUUCAUCCAAAACAACUUGGCAUAUGCAACCACGAAACAAGAAUUUAUGAAGUGAUUUUAAGGACAAUGGUUGAUAAAUUCUCUCAAUUGUUUAAUUUCUCUUUUCCUGUACGGUAUUCAACCCACUCCUUAUAUUUGUAAUUGAAUUAAAAUCGAUAAGAUGCUCUAGCUAAAACAUAAGAGAAGUCCUUUACUAUAAAAGUAUUGUGUUGAAAGAUCCGCCCACGUAGUAUUAUUUCCUCAGAAGAAUAUGUGAAUCUUUUAAUUCUUUAUAUGAAAAGAAAAAGAUUUCAAUAUUAUCAGAGUUAUUUUUAUUGCAUCUUUAAAUAGUAUCAUUGCUUUUGUGGUCCCUCGACAUUAAAUCGACCAUCACGUCUGAAAAAACCUUUGAAUUAUUGCCUUUAAAUCCUUGAAAUUACGACAACAGUACAGUCAUUUUUUAAAAGAUAAAUAAUAAUAAUUAAAGUUUUUGACUUCAGACGCAAAACGGAACAUAGUCAGAACCAAGAAAACCUCAAAUUGUCUUUGUAUUUCUGCGGACGAAAAAGUGGACGAAUUUAUAGUAAUAAUAGAAAUUGAGAGUGUGUCAUGAGGCGUACUGUAACACUGGAUCGUGUAGAUUGAACCAAACAAAAAAAGAAACAAAUUGUAUGAAAAGUGGAUCUUCGUUCCUCGUGCAAAGCGAAAGAGUUAAUUUGUGAGAAAACUGUGUUGUAAUACUAAAUUAGAAAUUAGGAAAACAACAAAACCUAAUUCUGAUAUAAUGUUUCCUAAAGUCAGAAACCAUCCUUGAAUAAUAUUUUUAAAUACAGCGGUUUUUGUCUAUUUUUUACAAGGAUAUUAUUUUAAAAAUUAAUAUAUUUUAAAUAUUCAGUACUAUAUUUGGUUUUCAAAUUUAAUCAAGCCUAUUACCGAUGCCGUCUAGUUUUUUCGAUGUCGUGUUCUCGUUUUCUUUGUCGUGUCGUUUUUAAAGUGGUAUUGUAUAAUUUUUUCGACGCGACUAUUUUGUAGCAGAUUUUUAAACUAUGAAAAUGUGUCAGAGAUCUUUCAAACUGAAUUCAAAUUCUAAAUCAUUUCAUUAAUCGAUAUUCAACAAAUGUGUUUUUUAUUAAAUUAUUACCAAAUAAAUAAAUUAUUUAAAUGAUAAGUAUUGCAAUGUAUUACAACACAAGCAGCGAUAGUGAUAAUGAUGAAGAAGGUAGGGAGCGAAAUAUUGCAAAGGCACAAUUAAUUUUUCAAAUCGGCAUCUACAUUUGUAGCCCUGAAUUUGCUUUGAAUUAUGUUUUGCGAACUUCCAUUUCUUUGUCGUGAGCAAAUUUUCAAACGAUAGAUACCGUCGUUUUUUUUUUCAUUGUCGUCGUUUCCUUUCGUCGUUCAACACACUUGACGUUUACAGACGACAACAAAACGAGUGACAAAAGUUGAAAACGACUUAUGGAAUCCAGAUUGUGUCGUGUCGUUUAUGACAUCGGUAAUAGGGGUAAAUAUGUUUCACUUUUAUAGAAAUGUUACUACUUAAAGGCUAGUUGUCUUCUUUCUGCAUAGAAAAUAGACCUUACAUCAAAUCGUUUAGAUUAAAAAUUUUUCCCAGGUGUUUUUGAUGAAAGUGAUAAUUUUUGUGAUGCGACUUACUUUGUUUUGCAAAUGUAAGCUACUUAAAGUCAGUUUGAUUUGACUAUCGUUAUUAGCUUAGUAGCCCCAAAUUUACAGAACAUAAUUGUAUUUAACACAAAAAUUGUCUAUUAGGGUUUAAAUCACCAAUAAGUAAAAAAGCACGAUAAUGAAAAACAAUAAAAAAUAUUUAUUUCUACAGGCUUACACAAUACUCUUAAAAUGAUAGUACUAAGUUUUUAGAGCUUCAAAUUGCAAGGUCUUUCGUCUCGCUGGAAUGCAUUAAGAUUUGAAAUUAAGAUCUGUUAUUGUACUUACUCAAUGUAUUUAAAUUUGUUAUAUUGAUGUUUUUAAUGAUUUCGUAUAUGUUGUUAGAAGGUAGAAGAGAACUGAUGUGGCAUCUAACGGAACAUAGAUAUUGGACUGAACCAAAUUCGCAAGUAUUUUUAGGUACUGCCUCUUGUGCGGAAUUGUAAUCCAAAAGUAAUUUUUGCCAUGAAAAUAGCUUUCUCAAAUUAGCCGUUCGGAUUCGUCCUGAAAACUGUAUUCUCCAUCUUUUAGCCACAGUAAUGGUUGGGAGUUGUAAUUAACCAGGUCCUGGUUAUCAACAAGCUCGUACAAUACAUAAUUUAGUUGUUUCUUUAAGUCUUAAGGGGUCUAUCAUCAUUGUUUAAUUUUUAAAUUGUAUAUUUGAGUCAGAACUUCCAAAUCAUUGAAACAGAAGAAUAAAUUUGUACAUUUAAUUGUUAUUAAACUUAAUUUAAUUAGAAUUAAAUGGCAUUUAGAUCCAUACAAUGUUUUACCGCUACGAAAUACUGUAAUUUUGUUUUUAUUAUCCUGAACAAUAUUUUCGAGGUUAUAUUCAA